UCUGUGUUGACCGUGGAUCACACAGUCAUCUUUCCUGCAGGGGCAGGAGGGUGUUCGGGGAGGGUAGGUGAUUCAGGGGUGGGGCAGGGCAGAGGCGAGAGGAGGGUAAGCACAGUGGGGAGAAGGGUUUGCAGGGUUGUACGUCUCUGUUUCGACUGAGGGAGUGUCAGCUCUGGGCUGAUGCUGAGUCACAGACGGGUGGAUCCACGGCCUUGUCCCAUGAGCCCUCUACAGGACACAUGGAGGAAAUCGAGCAUACCUGUCCUCUGCCUCGAACGUUUUGGAGUGGUGAUGCUGUUGGGGAGGGGGUCUGGGGUGAGGGGCAGAAGGUUGCUACACUAAGGGAGCCAGCCAUUUUUGCCAGGGAGACAAGCUGCGAGUGUUGCGCACCUCAUGAGAAACUGACUGCCGCACAGGCCCGCUGUGGCACACCAGUGGACCGACCGGUACGAGUCUACGCUGAUGGCAUUUUUGAUCUCUUCCACGCGGGUCAUGCUCGCGCUCUGAUGCAGGCCAAGAACCUGUUCCCCAACACUUACCUGAUAGUGGGAGUGUGCAGUGACAAGCUGACUCACCGGUAUAAGGGCUUCACUGUAAUGACGGAGGACGAGCGGUAUGAGGCGCUGCGCCACUGUCGCUACGUGGAUGAGGUGGUGCGGGACGCACCCUGGACACUCAGCCCUGAAUUCCUUGAGAAACACAAGAUUGACUUUGUGGCUCAUGACGACAUCCCAUACUCUUCUGCUGGCUCUGAAGAUGUCUACAAGCACAUCAAGGAAGCAGGCAUGUUUGUUCCCACUCAGAGGACAGAGGGUAUUUCCACAUCAGACAUCAUCACUCGUAUUGUGCGGGACUAUGAUGUCUAUGCCAGACGCAACCUGCAGAGGGGCUACACUGCCAAGGAGUUGAAUGUCAGCUACAUCAAUGAGAAAAAAUAUAGACUGCAGAACCAGGUGGACAGAAUGAAGGAGAGAGUGAAGACUGUAGAGGAGAAGUCCAAGCACUUUGUGUACAAAGUAGAGGAGAAGAGCCAUGACCUUAUCCUGAAGUGGGAGGAGAAGUCUCGGGAAUUCAUUGGAAACUUCUUGGAGCUGUUUGGACCGGAUGGAGCCUGGAAGCAGAUGUUUCAGGAGCGUAGUGGUCGGAUGCUGCAGGCAAUGUCACCACAGCAGUCACCCCACGGGUCCCCUGGCAGCAGCCCCCCCAGGGAGCGCUCGUCCUCCCGUUCUCCCUCACCCCCCCGCCCCUGGCUUUUCUGUGGGCCCUCACCCCCCUCUCCAGCUUCACCCACAUCCCCUCCAAAAGGAGCCUCUGCCUCCUUCAGCAGCAUGAGUGAGGGGGACGAGGACGAAAAGUAGAGAAAUGCUUAAACACACACACUCGCAUAGACAACUACACAAACACAAUUGCACUUGCACUUAUAAAUACAGACACAUACGCAGUCAUUACAAGGUUUCUUCCUCUCUCUCUCUCUCACACACACACACACACACACACACAAUUACACAGAUCUUGACUUGUCCUCCACGCUGGAUAACACACCAGCAGUGAUUGGAUGCUCAGACUUGCUCAGUGUGGGGAACUGUGGGUAUGAAAGGCAGUGGGAGAUCAUGGAACAUUUAAUUGAGGCUGUGCUAGCACCUCUUCAGUUCCUGUCAGAGAACUUGUGAGAUUUUGCAUUAACCAGGUGACUGUAAUCAGGUGACUUGACCAUGGAGAGGAAGGUGAAAUGAGAGAAAACGAGAGUUGCAGAGAAACAGAUCAUGUCUUCAGAGCCAUCUUACACUUUUACAUUUCCUUUGUUUUUAGUCUUUUUUAAAUUGACUCAGGCUUUUAGAGUUAAAAUUAUUCUGAAGGGCAUGAAACUGAAAGUAGGCUGUAGACUGAGGGGUGGGGCUGUGGUGUGAGGUUCUACAGCACAGUCAGCCAGUUUCAGGCUGAUCAUCAAACAGUAAAUUUUGACCUUGUGGUACGCGCAUCAGUGUGGCUCUUUUCUUUGCACUGUUUCAGUUGUUUCUGGUAGUCUAAUGUUUGUUUACUUCUCCCUCCAGGACAAUGUGAUUGUUUUGUGAUUGUAGAAAUACUGUAAGAGUUAUAUGGCCUUGCCGCUUUGCUGGCAGUGUGGUGUCAUGACAGUUAAGGACUUUGGCUGUAAUGACAGGGUUUGCAGGUGACAUUCCUGGGGUGAGGCACAGUCAGUUUAUGCUCAAGGUGCUAAACUGCUCCUGUAAAUAUCCUCUGUGUGUAAGGUGGAUUAUAUUGCGAAUUAUACAUCAAUCUGCUGAGUGAGGCUGUAUUGUGGUUGAUCUGGCACUUUUAUACAUCUUUAGUAUAACACAGUAAAGACAAUCUUGCGUGUGUAGUGGGGGCAAAAGACUAGUUGUUGCCAGUAGGGGGUUAGAAUUCUCUUCUGUAAUGCGUCUGUAGUGUCAUAACCAAAUUAUAUUACACCAGAACCUCCUGGAAGCUUGAAUGCAUGGUGUCGUCUCCUGCUUUUUUUGGUGCUCAGUGUUCUGCUCCGUGCACCAUCUUUUGUUUGCUUGCACGCAUCCAUUACACUUAUGCAUCGAUAAAAAUAUAAUUAAAAUGAAAAAAUCCUUCUCUUUGCAUUCUAUUUGCAUUGUUUUUGUCUUGUUGAGUUUCAGUAUAAUGCAAAGCCUCCCUCUGCUGAUAGCAUGAAAAAGUGAAAGAGGUUAAAAAAUGGUCCUGUUUUGGUCCUAUCAUCUUCCAUAUUUUGGUAUAAGAAAAUUGAUGUGCCUCAGGGAUAUUAGAAUGGGUUAAUUUUUCCAUGGCACUUUUCAAACUAAAUAACAACAAAAACAAUAAUAAAUACAAGAAUGAAGAGCAGAACAGAAAGUUUGAGAAGCCUCACCGAUCUAUGCAGGAAACAAAUCUGAAGGCUCUUAACUAGAGAGGGCUGAACUGGCUGACUUCUUAGAGAAGCUGUGAUUGAAUCAUGCCCUUUUGAAGAUUAGAUACUGUAGACCUGUAACAGGGAUAUAUGCAAUGACCCAGCCAGCACAACAUUCACAACUGUGCAUUGUUCCCAUUCAAUGUUAGUUCAGUGUCACAGAAAUAUCUGUUGUCCAGAGAGUCGAUGUUUUGUAUUCUAGAAACACCAAUCAGCCUGAAACUUAAGACUUGAGUGUUUGUCUGUAGUCAGUGGUUUUUCUUUAGCUUUUUGGGUUGUAUGGUCUGUCUGUGGUUGCUGAGAAUGCAGGCUGAAUUUUCGAUGAAACAUGGUAUAGUUGUUGCCCAAAGAACAUGGAACAGUGUGACAACUCUUUGUGAUGGCAGGGAUAUAUGCUCUUGCAAGUAACUCUCAAAGAUGUGUUGAGCAUAUUCACGCCCACUUUCACUCGUGUCUCCAUCUAAAUCAUGCAUCACAUUCAGAUCUGCAGUCAUUAAUUCACAAUCAACAGGUUACAUCCACCAGUCCACCAGGUUACUCCCAGUCCUCAAAUGUCCCCAAUCCCCAAAGGAACUCGUUAUGCUCUAGUUGAAGCUCUGGAGGGGUGCUAGAUUUUGUAAUGGACACAUCACUUGUUCACUCCCAUUUCCAAACUCAUUCACAGCUCGGUAUGUCCCUAAAUGCCACUGCCCUAAAAUGUGUAUCAAACAUACUGUUAAGAACAACCACAUGCUAGAAUAUAGUGUUUCAAGUUUGGAAAG